CUUGAAUUCAUAGCCAUGCAUGUGAAUGUCGCUGCAGGUUACUUAAGUUAGCCGAAUAGCAACAGAGGGGGCUGUGAAAUGCGGGAGUCAGCUGCCGGGUUGUGAGUCCAGUGCUAGCAGCGGAAGCUUUCCCGAUGACCACCAGAUUACUGGGCCGGUGUGCCCGACUGUUGGGGGCCCGGUGUCCCCGUGCCUCUUCCGCCGGGACCCGCCUACCUCCCGUGCUUGCCCCCGCGGAGCCCGCGUGGGUCCAGUGCGUGCGCCUACGGCCGCAGGUGCGGGGGCUGUGCGAGCGUCGCAGCCUGGUCAAAGAGGAAGAGAUUGCUCAGACGCCGAAACGCACAGAGUUGGAUGAUCUUGUUGAGAAAGCGAGCAGCCUGCAAGAGAUCUUGCAGCUGUGGGACGUCCACGGUGGCAGCGCCAACCAGGCUGCCACCACUCUGAUUCACCUUGUUAAGCUCGUCGUGGAGAAGGGUGAAUCGGAUCGGGCCAUCCUCCUUGAGGACCACAGGUUCCAAGACAUGGUCGAGUUGGUUUCCUCUCAGGUGGCCACAGUGUGGAACGGCACCUUGGUCUCGGUCUUACGAGCCCUCUCCCUGCUGGGGGUGCCCUCGGGGGCUCCCGUGCUGCGCUCCUUGCAGACGGAGGCCCUCUGGCGGGUGCGGAGGUUCACCUACAGGCAGCUGGCCUACCUGGCGGAGUGGGGCACCAGCCGGGGCGGCCCCCAGGCGGAGGCGCUGCUGAACGGGGUGGUGAAGCAGCUGGAGCUGCGCUGGACGGAGCUGGCCGACGCCCGCACCGCCAGCCUGCUGAUGGCCCGGGCAGGGCACCUGUACCCCUCACUCAUGGACAAGCUGGAGGACAAGGCUCUGGAGCUGGCGGAGGGCUUCAGUGCGGAGGACAUCCGGAGGGUGGCGAUGUCGCUGGCGAAUCAGGGCCGGCGCUCGGUGCCGCUGAUGCGGGCGCUCUCCUACCACAUCCAGCAGAAGCCGUCCGCGGAGCUGAAGACCCCUCUGCUCCUCGACUUGGCCUUUGCCUAUGGAAAGCUGAACUUCCAUCAGACCCAGGUGUUCCAGCGAAUCGCGUCCGAACUACUGCCCAGGCGGGAGGAGCUUACCCCCAGUGAUGUCACGCGGUGCGCCAAGUCCUUCGCCUACCUCAAGUGGCUCCACCUCCCCCUGUUCGAGAGCUUCAUUGAACACUAUCUGGAGAACGAGCAGAAAUACAGAGUCCCGCAGCUCUGCAACCUACUCCUGUCUCUGGCGCGGCUCAACUUUCAGCCCAGCAAGGCGGACGAGUUCUAUAGCAAGGUGCACGCUGCCCUGGAGGGGGCGCUCUCGGGCCUGGAGCCGUACCUGCAGACAGACGUGGUCUGGUCUCUGUGUGUGUUGCAGCAAGCCAAACCCCAAUACCUAAAGAAUGUGCUCGAUCCUGCCUUCCAGCGCAAACUGACGGAUGCCAAGCCCUCUCGCACUGAGAGCUACCGGCUGAAACUGCUCCACAUCACCGCUACGGCACAGCUGGAGAAGCUGUGCCCCCCAGAGACCUCCAGCAGCCCCGUCCCUCCCGUCCCUGCCCCGUCCCGGGACAGCCGUCCCACGCCCCUACAGACCAGUCUGCACGAGGCGCUGCAGAGUCUGGCGGGGGGCAGGGCAGAGGCCUACCGCACCGGGGUCGACACAGUGUACGGCUGGACUAUAGAUGGGGAGCUGGUGGUGGAUGCCGAGAACAAACCCAUCGACCUACAGGCACUUGUGGCCCCUCAUCUCCCAGGAGGCGGGGGGGCCUCUCCUCUUCCUCAGGGGGCCAGAAGGAUUGCGUUCCUGGCCGGGGAGUUCCCUAACUACAGCACCAGGAGCAAGGAGCUGCUGGGCCGCUUCGCCAUGCAGAGACGCCACCUGCAGCUGGCCGGCUUCCUCACCGUGGAGGUGCCGUACUUUGAGUGGCUGGAGUUGAAGUCCGACUGGCAAAAGGUGGCGUAUCUGAAGGAUAAAAUGGGGAAGGCGGUAGCUGAGGAAAUGGCGAAGUAACCCACUGGAUACACAGCCUGUGUUGCCCCACCGAACCAAUGGAACGACACGUCAACCGAGCAACAAAUUCUGGCCAAGUCGACACCCCUCCUGUUUCUAUAGAGCGUACAAGCAAGCUACUCUUCGAAAGACUUCCCUGCAGCAUUUUUAUUUAGAGAGCACCCGGUUCACUCUGGUUACCCAGACAACGCUUGGGGCUUUCCCUGUUGCCAUGGAGAUGGCCGCAAAGGCAUUCCUACUGCUACAGCCUAGAAGAUGCGGACAGUAAGGGGGUGCCCAAAUAUAGAGAGAGAGGGAGGGGGGGGGGGGCAGGUUCAAAACUGUAAAAAAAAAAAAAAAAAAAAAAGUAUCGAUGGAAGGAGAGAUUAUGGGCGUUGCAGAGUGGGAGAGGAUGUGCAUAACACAAUGACUGUUCAGACUUGUGCUUUAGAUUUGAACCAGAAAUAAUAAACGAGUGAUUUUGAAAUACAUCUGCCAUAAACAGUCAUUUAACUCACACCUACGUCUUGAAUUGGUAUACCCAGGAACAUACUUCUAUAUAUCUGACAGAACUCUUCAUCGAUGUAUAGUACUCUGUGCUCCUUGCUUGAUUAUGGCUGAUAGAGUAUGUUUGAUUCUCCCUUUCUUCAGCUGAAAGUGCAGCUUGCGUGGUCAUAUGUGCAAGGAUUUGAAUUUCAUAAACACAGAAUUGAGAAUUGUUAAAAUGUGUUCUGUAAGAUUCAGUCUACCGUUUUUCCAUUUAAUCAACAACUGUCAGAGCAAAUAGAAUUUUGUUUAUAUCCACAAUUAUGUAAUAGAUUAGCCUGCUACUUGGAUGGCUCACUGUGUCAGCAUAUUCAGCACUGUCACAGAUGAAAACCACGUGAUGCCUCUUGCUGCACUCAUUGAAAGACAUUUACGUAUAGCCGUAAUUCAUAACUUAGCAGCUCAUUUUAAUAAUUAGAAAUUUGACACAUGCAGGGAAGAUUUAUGUCUCUCCUCAGAGCACCAAACCGCCCACCAGCGUCCCCAGAAGGUGCGAGAGUUGACCUCAGUGUGAAAAAUCUCCGUGGUGACACUUCAUCGGUAUGAUUCCCCAAAUAGUGUUCAUUAUAUGUUGGCACGGUCAUCUCCAUGGCUCACUGACAGGAACUUGGUGGUGUGGAGCUACCCAGAAUGCCUGUGAACCAGUGGACAACAAAAAGUAUGGAGUGUUGAGUGUGUGUCGACGGUGCAGGCAUCAUGUAUUGGAUUUUAAAUGUGGAAUGUGAUCUGUAAUAAAUAUUGAAGAUGUUUU